CCACGCAACCCCGGCAGCCAAGUCACUCUCCACGUGUCCGGGCCUCUCUGGACGGUGCCACAGGAAUCGACUCAUUGGAAGGAUGGCCGCCGUGGAAUCUCACCCCCCGGCGAACGGGGAUUCCAUGCCUCCUCCUCCACCACCACCACCACCUCCCCCUCCUCCUCCUCCGCCGCCGCCGCCGCCGCCUCCAUCCAAUGGCGCUGCACGUCCAACAGUACUCCAUACCCGUCAAAUAGCCCAGCUUCCCAAGCCUGUUGACCAGGACUCGGAGGACGACUCUGAAUCGGAUGUCAAAAGCCCAGAGAUGCCCCGCCCGCCUUCGAAACCAGACAUGGCUGACCCUCCGGCGCCAAAGUCUCCCGAUGCGGCCCGCUCGUUCUCCGCUCGAGCCAAAGAUAAAGAUCUUCCUCGGGAGGCCAGUCCAGAUCAGAUGGAUAAAGAUAAGCCGGUCUCGCCAGAGCCUCCACUCUCUCCAGAAUCUCCAGUCUCGCCAGAACCGCCUGUAUCACUAGAGCCGCCAGCUUCACCAGAGCCGCCAGUCUCACCAUCACCCCCAGCUUCACCGUCACCCCCAGCCUCACCAGAGCCUCCACUGUCUCCAGAACCGCCGGUCUCACCAGAGCCUCCGGUUUCGCGAAAGAAGCCUUCCUCGCGAAAGAAGCCUCCUGUAAAUGAUGAAUACACCCCCGGCGAUGAUGCUGCCGUCGCUCGGAAACCGUCGGUGCCAUCGAAUAGCAAUGGUCAGCCCAAGCCCCUGGGUCGGUCGGAAACUGUCCGUUCUACAUCGGAGCAGCGGCGCGACUGGGCUUCUGACCGAUCGCCUCUCCAAAAGCUGGAGGUCACCCUGAACGGCAUCAGUAAGGAAGAGAAACGAGCUCGAGUCCAAGAGGCCGAAAUGAGACUCAAAGAACGCAUCGUGCGCCAACAGAACGGCGGCGAUAAACGUGCACCGCCGCCACCAAGGAAAUCCCAGCGCAGAUCGUCCCGGGAUGACCCCGAUGCUGGAGCUGGAGUCUCGCAGAGAUCUAGACCUGAAAGAUCUGCGAUGCCGUCGCAGCCGGUGCAACAGUCUGCAAGACGACCAGACCAUCGGCGAUAUGCCUCCGAAGGUGGCGAAGACGUAGGUCCUCGAGAUCCUCGCGAACGAAGGCCGGUCGAGAAAUCGAAGUCCACUCGCAGCAGAGGACCGUCGUUUCAAUACGCACAGUACCCUGAGGAGAAGCCUACGGCUGCUCCCGUUAUCAAAACAGGCAGCGCUCCGAGACGGUCAGUGUCUGUAAGUCACCAGGCGGGCGGAAACCGAGCCGAUCCUCGCCAAAUCAACCAGCCGAUCCAUCGGGAUAGCCGAUUUCCCAGCAAUGCUCCUAUGCCUCAGACCAUCCCAACGCACGAGCCUCACAAAGUCGCUCCCGCGGCCCAGGCUGAGGUUCAAACCUGGGGGCAAUCGCCGUACGCCAACUCUAGAGCGGCCCCGAACAGAGCGAGAGCGCAAUCGGUUAAGAGAAAAGAUCUCCCGGCCAUGGGGAUUCCACCCCAGCAGGCUCGCAGGAACUCGCAUGCAGCUGAAAACUCAAUUGCGUCCUCCGAUCCUCUCAGUCCCGAUUCUGAUCAAAUGACGGCGCCGUUCGAGAACGAACCGCCUCCGCAGCCCAAAGCUAAAAAGCAAACGGUUUCAUUCAACGUGCCGCCACCCACGCCCCCUCCUCUGUCGGAAUGGAGGACUGCGCCGAUCGCCAGACUGGGAGCCUCCGACUUUGACUUCCAGAAUUUCGACAUGGAUCGAAGUAAGGCGUGGUGGGAAGGCGGAACAAGGGACCGCAGACGAAGCCGGGCGCUACCAAACAAUUACCAGAAGCCUCCGGCUCAGAGAUUGACCUCGAAAAUAAACCGCUUCCAGCCUCAGAUCUUCCUGAAGAGCGGUCCGUUGCUGCGCUAUGCAGGAUUGAAGCGGGUGCGGAUUGACGGGCCCAAGGGCGCAUUCGACAAGGAGACGUGGAGGGGCAGUAUCCUGAUUGUGACCAAGGAUUCUCGAUCUACUUAUGAACCGGCGCCCACAUUGAGGGUGUUUUCCCAGCCGAUGGAUCUUCUGCCGCCUCCGCCAGCUGUGGUCAGCGGCGAAGAUGCCCAGCUCUCUCCUGAGUACGUUGAUCCGACUGCCGGGCUUAUGAAGCUGGGUCGCGACGGCAGGGCUCUCUAUGUGAAACCCGUGGAGCACACCGAGGAAGAAGUGGAUCUGUCGCAGGUGGAAAAUGACGAUGGCAUCUACGAAAUGUCCCCUAGCAUCGUCGAUUACAGCGAGGGGACGAAGCAACCGAUUCCUGCCAAUAGGCUCCACCCGGUGGACGGAGAGACGGCCGAAGCCUACAAGGAUAUCUCGGGAGCUCGUCUCUAUGCCGACCCCGGACGAGAUGUCACUUUCUGGAGAUUCAACCUGGAGAUCGAGCUGGGACCCACCCAGCAGCGUGUCGCGUAUCGACUCAACCAGGGCCCGGCUUUGGGAUUCUGGGUGCCUGCUAGAGGGCAGUCUAUGAACAUCAUGUUCCACACCUGCAACGGCUUCAGUUCCGGAGUCGACUCCGACCGACUUUGCGGACCCGAUCCGCUGUGGCGUGACGUCCUUAACGAGCACCAGACACGCCCCUUCCAUGCCAUGAUCGGUGGUGGCGAUCAGAUCUUCAAUGACCAGGUGACCACGGAGUCGACCCAUUUCCAGGAAUGGGUCAAGAUCAAGAACGUGCACGAGAAGUACGACGCUCCGUUCACCCCGGAGUUCCGAGCCGAGCUGGAGAGCGCGUUCCUCAACCGGUAUUCCGACUGGUUCUCGCAAGGGCUCUACUCGCUGGCAAACUCGCAGAUCCCCACGAUCAAUAUGUGGAACGACCAUGAAAUUAUCGAAGGGUUCGGAUCUUACUCCGACGAGUUCAUGGGCACGCCGGUGAUCUCCGGACUGGGCAACAUCGCGUUCAAAUACUACCUGCUCUUCCAGCACCACAGUGUUCCGGAGGAGACCGAAGCCGAAGAGCCAAGCUGGCUGCUUGGAGCCCAACCGGGGCCGUAUAUCAACCAACGCAGCCGCAACCUGUUCAUGUCCUUAGGCGAUGGCGUAUCUCUUCUCGGGCUGGACUGCAGGACGGAACGAAUGGCCGACGAAAUUCUCAGCGAACAAACAUGCGACUUGAUCUGGGACCGAUGCCACCGUGAGAUUGUGCGAGGAGAGACCAAGCACCUGUUGGUUUUGUUAAGCAUUCCGCUGGCGUAUCCCCGGGUGGCAAUGGUGAAGAAUAUCCUCAACAGCAGAAAGUCUCUCGGCAAAGCCGGCAUGCUUGGCGGUCUCGUCAAUAAGAAUGGCGGCAAGGUCGAGAUAUUCGACGACCAUUGGACGGCGAAACAUCACAAAUCCGAACGAACUUACUUGAUCGAGGAUCUCCAAGAUCUUGCGGCAGACAAAUCCGUCCGAGUGACCAUCCUGAGUGGCGACGUGCAUCUGGCUGCAGUCGGCGAGUUCUACUCGAACCCGAAAUUAAACGUCCCCAAGGACCGGGAUUAUCGAUACAUGCCCAACAUUAUCUCCUCUUCGAUUGCGGACAUGCCCCAGACCGACAUGGUCUCGGAUACGCUCAAUAAGCGGAACCGGGUUCACCAUAUAGAUACGAAUACUGACGAAGACAUGAUUUCUAUGUUCACCCACGACGUUAACAACAAGCCAAGGAACAACAAACGAUUGCUUCCCCGGCGCAACUGGUGUUCUAUCCGACAGUACCAGCCCGGCUCUACACCACCGGGAACCCCGGAGAUGGAAACUCUUUCGCUUGACGAGCCUCGUCCCAAUAAGCUACAAAGAACUCUCUCUUUAACCCGCGGGGAUAAACCGCAGGGCGGCGGCGGCGGCUUGCUCCGUCGAUUGUCGCAGCGAGGCAAACCGCCCACCAAGGACUUCAACCUCGGUGGACAACCCAACGGGCGACGAAUGAGUAUGGACGGUCCGUUCCCGCCCGCCGAGACAGGGGACUCGUACUACGAACAGGCCGCCGAGUUUCGACCGGGCCCCUUCAUGCGCCGACCUACCAACCUCAGCCAGAAGGCCGGCAAGAGGGCCUCGAAGCAUGGCGACGACGGCACCGGCGGCUUUGUCAACCUGGAGGGCGGCCUGGCGAUCACCCUGAACCUCGAACUGAACCCGCGCGACCCGUCGGGCAUCACCACGCCGUACAAGAUGCUCGUGCCGAUGCUCCACUACGAGGGCACCGAGUACGAUCCUCCCGCCACGCCGGUCGCCAAGGGGUGGAGAAAGUGGCUGGGCGUGCGACGGAAGAAGGCGGACCGACACGCCGUGGCUGAAGAUACCGAAGCGGAGAUGAGCGACGAGGAGUUCGAAGAUGAGGAGGACGACUAUGAUGACUACAAUCACCGGGGAGGAGCAGGAGCAGGAAUCGGAGCCGCAGGGGGACGAUCUGGCGGACGGGAUUAUUACGACGGGGCUGGCAUGCCGCCGGAGACGUUGGUGCCGGUGGGCGCCGGUGGAGCGGAGGACGAGGAUGGCGUCAGAGCGGCUCCCCGGCGCAAGAAGUGGUUUGGGUUGGCCUGAGCGAUGAGUUUUGACGAUUGACGAUAUGACGAUAUGAGGCAUGUACCUACGGAACGAUCUAAUGUACGAGUGGAUACCCUUGAC